AUGUUCUCCCCAGCCACCAUCCUCCGCCGAGCGACACUCCACGCCGGCCUCCCCCGCGCCGGCGAGCCCCCCAGGCUCAACAUCUCCCGCUCCCUGCCCGCCAAGCGCGACAUCCCCCACGUCCGCAACGUGCUCGUCGUCGCCAGCGGGAAGGGCGGCGUGGGCAAGAGCACCGUCGCCGUCAAUCUGGCCAUCGCCCUCAGGAACCAGGCCCCGCUCAACGUCGGCCUCCUCGAUCUCGAUGUCUUCGGGCCCAGCGUGCCCAAGCUCAUGGGCCUCGACGAGCGCCUCGCGCCCGAACUCACCCCUCAGAAUGCCCUCGUCCCCCUCCGCAACCACGGCAUCUCCUGCAUGUCCAUAGGCUUCCUCAUCCCCCCGAGCGACAGCCCAGACUCGGUCGUCGCAUGGCGAGGCAUGAUGGUCAUGAAGGCCGUCCAGCAGCUGCUCUUCGACGUCGACUGGAGGGGCCUCGCCGAAGACCACGCCGGACUGGAUCUGCUCGUCAUCGACAUGCCGCCCGGCACAGGCGACGUCGCUCUCAGCCUCGGCCAACUAGUCAACAUCCACGGUGCCAUCAUCGUGACUACCCCGCAAGACAUUGCGCUCAUUGAUGUCACCAAAGGCAUCAACAUGUUCAGAAAGCUGGACAUCCCAAUCAUCGGCUCGGUGCUCAAUAUGUCGACGUUCAAGUGUACAAAGUGCGACACCAAGCACGAGAUCUUUGGGCCCAUGACCAGCUUCAAGCGUCUCCUCGAGCGCCACCAAGUCCAGCUCCUGGGCGACGUCCCCCUCGACCUCCAGAUCUCCCAGUCCAGCGACGCCGGCCAGCCCAUCAGCACGCCCACCCACAAGCCCACAUCCGCCGAGAACCCGUUCAUCGAAAUCGCCAGGAAAUGUAUCGCCCAUCUCAGCCGAUGA